UAUUCAGAUCCAUGUUCGGAUCAAAACACGUUGCAACAACAUUCACGAUAGACGGACUUUAGAUUGUGUUGACUCUCUUCUCAAGAACCAUGGGAGCUGCCGAUAGCAAAGAUCAAAUUCCUACACCUGAGACGCCACAGUAUCUUAAAUAUUCUCAUCUGAAGGAGCUGGGAGAUCCAAGAUCGCCUGUCAUGGAUGGAGGGGAGCCUAGGACACCUAUAUUAACCGUCGAUCAACAAAAAAGAAUGGUCGAUCCAAGGUCGCCGACAUAUGUCGUACCGAGGACUCCUAUAUUUUGCAUCCCGGAGCCUGAGCUGAAUGCAAUCAAUAAUGAUUCCAACGAUGCUAAAAAGCUGGAAGAAAAUGAUCCACAAGAGGGAGAUAGUGAAGUUCGUGAAGACACACAUGUGAGUCCAGACCUUGAAGCCGAGCCUGAAAAAGCCAAGCCUAAUACAUUGCCCGUUGAUGUGGAAAGCUCGCCAGAAAAAAUUUCGAAAACUUCGGAAUUUUCUGAUAAGGGAUACUUAAUUAGCAAGAGCAAGAGUACUGCUGGGGCUAAAAAGAAACGUCGCCGCCGAAAAAACAGAAAGCCAAAGGACGAUGAAAAUUCCGGGGUAAACAUGUUGAAAUCCACUAAGAACUUCAAGGAGAAGAGUCAGGAGCAAGUGAAACGUUCACCUCUUGUAACGAGAAAUUUUAUCCCUCUGGAAGAGAGUGGAAACCCGUCGCUGGAAAAAUUGAUAACCAAAACGAAAAAACUAUCUGUUGGUGUUAAACCCAGAAAUCUUGACUUCCGUGAAGUCGAAUGCAUGGGACAAGAAAACCUUGCGGCAGCAUUCACUCCUUGACUGUAGAAACCUUGUUGGCCUGGAUAUUCGCGUAAAAUAAGGGCUUCGUGGCAGAAAUAUUUUAGGCUAUUUUGUGCUCUGCUUGGAGCCUCCAUAGUUCUCUAACCGUUUUUCUAAAUCCAAUUAGAGUACCUAUUCAGCCAACGAACAGCUCGUAACAUGCUGCUACACAUUUGUUGUGGUUUUAUAAACCCCAAUUUAUAUCGUUCCUAACAUUUUUUAUGCUGGUUAGCCUAGUUAAUAGGAUUAUUAUGUAAAUCAGCAAGCCAGGGCUUUGUACUAUACACUUGCUAGAGAAAACUUCACAAUAAAAAUAUUGAAGUUUAUCGAUUUUUGGAAAUGCAGCAGUAGGGGGAUGUGAUUUUAAAACCUUAAUUAUUAGGUGGAAGAGAACUGUUUUUUAAGUACUCCCUUUCACAGAUACUCAUACUGAGUCAUUUACAAAUUUUAAAAAUCAUAUGCCAAAUAUAUCCUGUCUCAAAACAAAUUGUUUUUCCAGUGAAUCAGAAUCCAUCAAAUGCAGUAAUUUGAAACUUGAAAUUGCAUUUGAGAUUGUAACCUUUGUAAAUAUAUGGUAAAUUUAGAAAGUAUUUCAGGCUUCAUAGGAUAUCCUAUCUGGUAUUAAGAUGCUGUCAUAGGAUAUCACUAGUUACACUUUGAUUAAAACUCUAUAUGAAAGUCCUAUAUGUAGAACCAGAAAUAUAUAGGUGUUAUUCAAUCUUACGUAUUUUGAUUUAUAUGUUCAUUAUUUUCAA